AGGCGAGCGAAGCUAUUGAGCCAGCGAGGAGUGAAGCUGAGCCUGGCCUCACACGCUCCUAGAGGACCACCUCCUGAGAGAGUUCUUUCACCCCCUCUUCUUUCUCCAAGCUCCCCUCCUGCUCUCCCUCCCUGCCCAAUACAAUGCAUUCUUGAGUGGCAGCGUCUGGACUCCAGGCAGCCCCAGAGAACCGAAGCAAGCCAAAGAGAGAGGACGGGAGCCAAGACACUGGUGGGGGAGAUUGGAUGCCUGGCUUUUUUUGAGGACAUCUUUGGAGCGAGGGUGGCUUUGGGGUGGGGGCUUGUGCUGCAGGGAAUACAGCCAGGCCCCAAGAUGGACACUUCUGGGCACUUCCAUGACUCGGGGGUGGGGGACUUGGAUGAAGACCCCAAGUGCCCCUGUCCAUCCUCUGGGGAUGAGCAGCAGCAGCAGCAGCAGCAGCAACAGCAGCAGCAGCCACCACCGCCAGCGCCACCAGCAGCCCCCCAGCAGCCCCUGGGACCCUCGCUGCAGCCUCAGCCUCCGCAGCUUCAGCAGCAGCAGCAGCAGCAGCAGCAGCAGCAGCAGCAGCCACCGCAUCCCCUGUCUCAGCUCGCCCAACUCCAGAGCCAGCCCGUCCACCCUGGCCUGCUGCACUCCUCUCCCACCGCUUUCAGGGCCCCCCCUUCGUCCAACUCCACCGCCAUCCUCCACCCUUCCUCCAGGCAAGGCAGCCAGCUCAAUCUCAAUGACCACUUGCUUGGCCACUCUCCAAGUUCCACAGCUACAAGUGGGCCUGGCGGAGGCAGCCGGCACCGGCAGGCCAGCCCCCUGGUGCACCGGCGGGACAGCAACCCCUUCACGGAGAUCGCCAUGAGCUCCUGCAAGUAUAGCGGUGGGGUCAUGAAGCCCCUCAGCCGCCUCAGCGCCUCCCGGAGGAACCUCAUCGAGGCCGAGACUGAGGGCCAACCCCUCCAGCUUUUCAGCCCUAGCAACCCCCCGGAGAUCGUCAUCUCCUCCCGGGAGGACAACCAUGCCCACCAGACCCUGCUCCAUCACCCUAAUGCCACCCACAACCACCAGCAUGCCGGCACCACCGCCAGCAGCACCACCUUCCCCAAAGCCAACAAGCGGAAAAACCAAAACAUUGGCUAUAAGCUGGGACACAGGAGGGCCCUGUUUGAAAAGAGAAAGCGACUGAGUGACUAUGCUCUGAUUUUUGGGAUGUUUGGAAUUGUUGUUAUGGUGAUAGAGACCGAGCUCUCUUGGGGUUUGUACUCAAAGGACUCCAUGUUUUCGUUGGCCCUGAAAUGCCUUAUCAGUCUGUCCACCAUCAUCCUUUUGGGCUUGAUCAUCGCCUACCACACACGUGAAGUCCAGCUCUUCGUGAUUGACAAUGGCGCGGAUGACUGGCGGAUAGCCAUGACCUACGAGCGCAUCCUCUACAUCAGCCUGGAGAUGCUGGUGUGCGCCAUCCACCCCAUUCCUGGCGAGUACAAGUUCUUCUGGACGGCACGCCUGGCCUUCUCCUACACACCCUCCCGGGCGGAGGCCGAUGUGGACAUCAUCCUGUCUAUCCCCAUGUUCCUGCGCCUGUACCUGAUCGCCCGAGUCAUGUUGCUGCACAGCAAGCUCUUCACCGAUGCCUCAUCCCGCAGCAUCGGGGCCCUCAACAAGAUCAACUUCAACACCCGCUUUGUCAUGAAGACGCUCAUGACCAUCUGCCCUGGCACUGUGCUGCUCGUGUUCAGCAUCUCUCUGUGGAUCAUUGCUGCCUGGACCGUCCGUGUCUGUGAAAGUCCUGAAUCACCAGCCCAGCCUUCUGGCUCAUCACUUCCUGCUUGGUACCAUGACCAGCAGGACGUAACUAGUAACUUUCUGGGUGCCAUGUGGCUCAUCUCCAUCACAUUCCUUUCCAUUGGUUAUGGGGACAUGGUGCCCCACACAUACUGUGGGAAAGGUGUCUGUCUCCUCACUGGCAUCAUGGGUGCAGGCUGCACUGCCCUUGUGGUGGCCGUGGUGGCCCGAAAGCUGGAACUCACCAAAGCGGAGAAGCACGUUCAUAACUUCAUGAUGGACACUCAGCUCACCAAGCGGAUCAAGAAUGCUGCAGCCAAUGUCCUUCGGGAAACAUGGUUAAUCUAUAAACACACAAAGCUGCUAAAGAAGAUUGACCACGCCAAAGUGAGGAAACACCAGAGGAAGUUCCUCCAAGCUAUCCACCAGUUGAGGAGCGUCAAGAUGGAACAGAGGAAGCUGAGUGACCAAGCCAACACCCUUGUGGACCUUUCCAAGAUGCAGAACGUCAUGUAUGACUUAAUCACAGAACUCAAUGACCGGAGCGAAGACCUGGAGAAGCAGAUUGGCAGCCUGGAGUCGAAGCUGGAGCAUCUCACCGCCAGCUUCAACUCCCUGCCACUGCUCAUCGCCGACACCCUGCGCCAGCAGCAGCAGCAGCUCCUGUCUGCCAUCAUCGAGGCCCGGGGUGUCAGCGUGGCAGUGGGCACCACCCACACCCCAAUCUCCGAUAGCCCCAUUGGGGUCAGCUCCACCUCCUUCCCGACCCCGUACACAAGUUCAAGCAGUUGCUAAAUAAAUCUCCCCACUCCAGAAGCAUUACCCAUAGGUCUUAAGAUGCAAAUCAACUCUCUCCUGGUCGCUUUGCCAUCAAGGAACAUUCAGACCAGGGAACGGAAAGAAGAGAGACCGAGCUAAUUAACUAACUCAUGUUCAUUCAGCGUGCUUGGUCCGACAUGCCUUGAAACCAGAAAUCUAAUCUCUGUUUAGGUGCCUCUACUUGGGAGCGGGAAGAGGAGAUGACAGGAAGCGACGCCUCUGGCAGGGCCCUUGCUGCAGAGUUGGUGGAGAACAGAAAUCCACGCUCAAUCUCAGGUCUUCACGCGGGGGGUGGGGGUUAGAUGCACUGAAGUAGCCAACAGCAAAGCCAGUCCAGAAGAGGGGUCCGCUGGGAGGGAGGGUUGUGUCAGGCUUGGGGGAUGGGCUCUUCACCAUGGGGGUCUUUGAACACACCUCUCUCCUUUCCUUUUGUCUACGGAAGCCUCUGGGUGACAAAAGUAAAAGAGAGCCGCCCACAACUUGCCAAAACAGAUAUACCCAAAUCAGACUGAAAAAAAAAAAGAUACAGACAAAUAAAAAGCCAGAUUUUCCACUC